UACGCCUAACAAAAUUUCAGGUGUAUGCACUUAUGUGCCCUUGUUAUGGGUAAGCUAACGACCAAAGGUUUUGGUUGAUGAGUCUAGCCAGGAAUUGAGUGAUAACAAUGGCGUUUCUCAACACUGACGAGAUCGAUGACAUCGAUUCGCUUUCUUCGGAGCAGCGAGAAGAGAAUGCUAGAAAUUUGAAAUCCAUCGAAAGUCUUGAUGAUAUCUAUAAGACCUAUAGACCGUUGCCCAGGACGUACUGUCUAAGUUCAUCCAGUACAUCCACUCUGAAAGAUGUUGACAAUGCGCAAACUGUGGAGAGCAAAGAAUGCAAUAAACUACAAGAAACUAUAGCUAAAACGGACAUUACAAAUGUAACAAUGGAAAAAUAUAAAACUGAAAAUGGACAGAAAAUAGAAAGUCAGAGCGAAGAGGAAAAGGAAAAUAAGAAACCAUUAUCAACGAAAAAAACUCCUCCGCCCCCACCUCCUCGUCCUUCUCGUUCUCCCCGCCCUUCUGCUCCUCCGCCUCCAGAAGAAAUCACCGAUUCUGAUAAAGAUAAAAAGUUGCAAAUGCGCAUUGCAUCCGGAGAGGUGACAGAGACACAGACACAGGGUUUAGGUUGUGAGCAUAGUAAUUCCAUUGAAUCCCAAAAUUCUUACAGCACAAAUCCGAAUCAAUCGGGGAACAGUGUUAAGUUUAUGAAUGGCGAGAAUUGUCAGCAGGAAAUGAUUGCCAGCGAUUACUAUGCCCAGCAGAUUGCAAUGCAAAUGAGUAAUCCACUGUAUAGCUAUGGAGGAUAUGGCCAAUCUCAGUUAUUGUCCGGGCCAAUGGAUUAUCAAUUCCAGUCGCCGGAAUCAGAGCACUUCAACAAUGCCCAGUUGCAGGGUUAUCUACAAUCAUUCAGCAAUUAUGGACAGUACUCAACACAGGGCAUGCCGGGAGGAGGCUAUAUCCAGUCGGAUGGAUCGGGCCUUGGUCAAUAUAGUCAAUACCAAUAUAUGGCCGGAGGAGGUGGAAAUUGCACCGAUUGUCAUCCAAGUUGUCCGGCUGAGGAAAGAGCUGGAGCGCAAGUGGACUCAGGCGAAUCUUGCACUGAUGAUUCGACCACCUGCUCUGAAAAGAGCAAUAGUUUCUGUAGUGAUGGAGCAUCCAGCUUGGAGGAUAGUUCACGUUCCUGCUGCACCGGAAAUUGCUGUCCUGGCAACCCGAAUGUUUGUUUCCUCAAGAGACCCUGUCCAGAAGAUGAACGUGGCUUUGAAAUGCCCGAAUGCAUAGGAUCGAUGCCACAGUGUCGAGUUGGUCGCGGGCAAUGCCCGCCAACACAAAGCAGAUUCUCCUUUGUCGACGUCAAUGUCCAUAAUAAUGCGGGCAAUAUGUGCCCCAUGGAGAUGCCCUUUUGUGGAGGUAUGCCAAACGGAUGUGCCUUGCCAUGUUGCAUGAUUCCGCCGCCAAACUGCGGACCAAUGCAGUGCUGUUCAGCUCCGCCUUCACCUCCAUGUGGGCCCAUGCCCUGCUGCUCAGCUCCGCUUCCACCUCAAGGUUGCAGGAUACCAAGUUGUUCCGCUCCUGCUCCCUCCUGCGGAACAAUGCCCUGUUGUUCGCCAACUCCCGAAUGCUGUGCCUGUUCCGGCAACUGUCUGAAUGUUGAGGGUUUCAUGCAAAAGUUUCGUGCUGCUCAGGGACAUUGUUGUUGCCCCGGCAGCUGCCCCAUGGAGCAGCCAUGUUGUGGCGACGACAGACUGCAAUCCUAUACCGUUUAUACCGCCGACUACCAACCGUUACGUGGCUGUGGCAACAACUUUAAUCAUUUUCCCAAAUGCGACAACUGCGGCUCUUGUGGCAGCUGCGGCAGUUGCCCCAGUUGCAUGGGCUGUAUGCCACCAGUAUGCUGUCCCCCACCAAACAGAGCUGCGUCAGGUGGCUGCUGCCAGCUGCCGUAUCAGUUGCCAUGUUGCACGAUGCCCCCAUCCUAUGCUCCAUCAAGUUCAGCGGCCUGUGCCGCACCUUUUCCAGCAACUUGCAGUACUCCAUGCUAUGCCCCCUGCGCCGUGCCAUGCUUAUCAACCUGCCCGCCGCCCUGUGGCCCGUCCUACCCAACAUGCGGCACAGAUCCCUGCUUCUCCAGCUGCCCACUUCCGUGCGAGAUGCCAUCAGGUCCCUGCUGCGAACCAUCGCCACUUUCCAACGCCAUUUCACAGGCAACCAGCUGCAAUUUCACACAGUGCGCCUCUCCUACAUAGCGUUAAGUUGUAGGGACCCAAAAUCUGUUAACUGCAAUUAAAGUGAAAAGCGAACUCAUAGGUUGAAUGAAGUCACUUGAAUAC